AUCAGACAAAAAAGAUGACAAGAAAUGUAACGAAAUGUACUUGUUCUUUCAUCUGUGAAAUCAUUUCAAGAGAAGAAACAGUAAUUUGAAUUUCAAAUUUCAUGUAAUAAUGAGCUAACAAGAAAGAAUUCUGUUUAUUUGAGCUCAAAUGAGACGAUCGGCUUUUGCUUCCUUUUCGCCAAUUACGAAAGGAUUGUGGAUAGAGAAGAGAUGCUGGAAGUUUCUGUAAACGAAGUGAUAUGUGCGCAGUCAGUUUCCAUAUACAAUUAAAAAAAGAGGAUCGUAAUGAUCAAUAAGGAUAAAUGCGACAAUAUGGAUCACAGUGAUUCAGUCAAUUCUACCAUGUUACAUUUUUCACCGCCAUCUACGACAUUUUCAACAUCUCCCAGAUCAAACUCUCCAAUUAAUGAUGGAUCAUCAUUGACAUUUGAUGGACCAACAAUUACACUUCCAUCAGGUGAUAAGACGACGAUUAUCUGUGAGCCAACAGUUAGUGGUGAUGCAGACAAUAGAUCAGCGCUAAAAUUUGCGCCAGUAAUCUGUGAGCAAGGACCAAGUGCACCAUCAUCACCUACAGGUCCAGGAAGUUCUCGCUUACGGCGUCCUUGUCCAUUAGAUGCAGAUGCCAUGGAACGAAUAAGCGUGUUGACGACGAAUUAUCUGGCAGCAAUGAACCUGAAUAAAUUAUCACCACUUAGUUCGUAUCCCACAAGCGAUUUGGGAUCCAGUCCUCGAAGUUCGAUUAGUCUAGCACCAAGCAGUUUAAGUCCAUGUUGGACUAAUUUCAGGGAUAGCAAAAAGUCAAGCCUCGAAGGUGAUGGUGAUUCGGAUGUUUGCUCCAAGGAUCUUCUUUCACCCUGCAUCUAUUCCCCAGCUCCAUACAGUCCAUUCAGUGAUUGUACGGAACCACCGGGAACCCCGCUAUCUGCGUGUGGUACAGGUGCAUCACCUGCUCUAUCACCUUUACUCUCAAUGCAAUCGUUGCACUUCAACUUUGAUACAAUUCGAAGUUCCAGUUCACUCUCAGGUCGUGUUGAUGUUAGUAAUCAUCUGCUGGUACCUGAAUCAAACCUGGACUUGCAAUCUAGGGAAAGGAGUCGUUCGGAUGGUGAAGUAACAUCGAAUGGAAACACUGAAGAAAUGGAUACUUCCGUCGGACAGUCUACCAUAUCGAUCCCAGCAACAUCUCGUCGUUUAUCGUCCACAUCAGGCCAGUACAAGAAACGAUUGUUGCAGAAGUAUGAAAAGGAGCAGGAAGAUAAAAAGAUUCAAAAACGUCAAUCAAAUCAAUAUGUUUCUUUGACCAGUACUUUUUGUCCAACUAACGCAGAGACAACUGUUAGUCCUAUAGAGGAAUCAAAAGAGUCAGAAGAAAAGAAUGCUACAUGGUUGCUAAGCAAAGAGGAGACAACCGAUGAUGGCUUAUCAAAAUCUACCGCUGAAUCUCAACCAAAGCAGCCGUUGUUACCAUCAAAUGAGCCGUUUGGAAGUCAACAACAAUUCAAUGUUUGGAUGCAACACCAACUUCUCACUUGGCGUAAUCAUUGGUAUCAGAAUGCAAGUAAAUUAUCAUCAAUUCAUAGCCCUGCUGUAAUUGGUAUAGGAAGAGCAUGUCUGUUAACACAACCUCGAGAUCAUAUGUCACGUGGAAUGACACGAAGCACUAAUUCGCCCGAAAUGGAGAGCAACAUUGGGCCAAUCAGAAGUGGAACAUUUUGGCGAAGAAGUCGUUCAGAAUCAGACGUUACUUUCGGAAACUACGUUUGUCAACACUGUGGACAGGCAUUUGGACUACACGAUAGGCUUGCGAAGCAUAUUGCUUCACGGCACCGUGAUCGUUCAGCUUCAAUUGCUGGUAAGGAUGGCUCAUCGAAAGCUCAUAAAUGUGCAAUGUGUAAUAAAUCAUUCGGUAGAAGCGACAUGUUAACCAGACAUAUGCGAUUGCACACUGGCAUUAAGCCUUAUGGAUGCCAAGUAUGCGGUCAGGUAUUUUCAAGGAGUGACCAUUUGAGCACACAUCAACGGACCCAUACCGGAGAAAAGCCGUAUCAAUGUCCUCAGUGCAGCUACGCUGCCAGUCGGCGAGAUAUGAUAACGCGUCAUAUGCGAACGCAUAUUCGUCCACCGGGAUCUCCCGAAUUCAACCCCUUAGCAAUAAGCCAAUUGUCACUGAGCCAUUCAAGCAGCCAGCUGUACCAAUCAGAUAUUAUAGUCAGCGAUACUGUAGGCCUGGUACCGCCAUGUCUUUCUUCCAGUAAUUUAUCACCGGUUCCUUCGCACCAGUUAAUGAGAAAUCCGUUGAUGAUGUGUACUGCGAAUGCUGCUACCGCGGUCGCUGUAACUGCGAUUGUUGACGAAAGUAAUUGUGACGAAACGGGCGAAAUGGGUCUAAAUCACCCGUGGAAUAAUUAUCGAUUGUUUUCGAUCCGAACUGCAACUGCGCCAAAUCUAAUCGGAUCAAACUUACGACGAAGUGCAUUUACGGCACACGGUAAGCUUGCGACAUCGUUGUCGGCAACAACUGCAUCACAAAAUUCACUAUUCAGCGCUAGCAAUUCACUCACUUUACCUAGUAAUAAUUCACCGCAAUCAUCGCAUUCAUCGCAAACAAGUCCGACCCUAUGCAGGCAAGCAAGUAUAGGUGGCUUUUCAUCCACUUGCUCCACCUGA